AUGUCUGCCUCUAAGAAACCUGCCUCAAAAGCACCAGCUAAGAAAACUGCCUCUACUUCUGAACCAUCCAAGAAGAGACACAAGGUUAGAAAGGAAACUUACUCCUCUUACAUUUACAAAGUUUUAAAACAAACUCACCCAGAUACUGGUAUCUCUCAAAAAUCAAUGUCUAUUUUAAAUUCCUUUGUCAACGAUAUUUUUGAAAGAAUCGCCACUGAAGCUUCCAAAUUAGCUGCUUACAACAAGAAGUCUACCAUUUCUGCUAGAGAAAUUCAAACAGCUGUUAGGUUGAUUUUGCCAGGUGAAUUAGCCAAGCAUGCUGUUUCUGAAGGUACUAGAUCUGUUACUAAAUAUUCUUCUUCUACCCAAUCUUAA